AUGUUCACCACGCGCGCUCUCCGCCAGGCUGCCGCUCACGCCGAGCGCCAGCCCUUGAUCAAGUUCAUUGGUCCUCGCUCCAUUCCCUCCUCCAUUGACCACACCCCCAAGCCUCACCCCGCCUCGCCCUCGGGCAAGCUCCCUGAGGGCUUCGCCGCCGACUCUGGCGCCGCCCGUCACGCCAAUUUCAGCUCCUACCGCGACCACGCCCAGCAGCACGGCCCCCUUCAAAAAACUGUUCGCUCCGGCGAGGCGGGCAUCGGCGGCCUCUCCGGCGCCGAGCUGGGUGCCGUCGACGCCCCCAACGGCGUCUUCUUUGACAUUUCCGAGCUUCCCGCCCGCUUCCGCCGCCAGCCCAUCAACCUCGCCGAGAUUGAGGCCGUCGAGUCCGGCGGCGCUGCUCUCCUCGGCUAA